AUGACAAGCGUCGAUUCUGAAAACCUUCUGCAAUGCUACAACAAGGGUUGUGGAAAAAAAUUUGCGCCGGAGCAAAACAAUCCAGAGGCGUGCUGCUACCAUCCCGGUCCACCGUACUUCCACGACGCCUAUAAAAUUUGGAAUUGUUGUAAUAAAAAAAGCACGGAUUUCGGAACGUGGCUCACGUAUCCGGGUUGCACGCGUGGAAGGCAUUCCAGCGAGAAACCGGCCGAUAUUGUGAAAGUCGCCGCCGUCAAAGAGAUUCGACCUGAAAAAGAAGAUGAAGUAAUUGUGUGGAAAGGGCUCAACAAGUCGGGAAAGGUGAAAAACGAUGGUGAGGGUCGAGUUGAGCAGUAUUUAAAAGUUGAUAUUACGCCUGGCGCCCGAGCCGCCUAUGACAAAUUCGUUCAAGAAAGUUCUCAGAAAGCGGAUAACAACGAGAUUAGUAUUGGCGCUCCGUGCCGAAAUAGCGGAUGCGAUAAGAUUUUUGAUGGAUCAAAAGACGGAACUUGCCAAUAUCAUCCGGGUGAUGCGAUUUUUCACGAAGGAAUGAAAUAUUGGUCGUGUUGUCAAAAGAAGACAUCGAAUUUCGGUGCAUUCUUGGAGCAAGCUGGAUGCACAAAAGGAGACCAUAAAUGGAAAAUGAAUGAAAUUGUGAGCAAAGUUCGAGAGGAUUGGUUCUCGAGCAAUGGAUUUGUUACUAUCAAUGUUUAUUGUAGGGGAGCUGUUCCUGACAGUGCCAAAAUAAUUUCGGAUGGUCACUAUCUCAAAGUUAGCUUAAUUCAUGGAUAUGGAGACAAGGAAACUUCUCUGGAAUACGAUUUAUGGGACGAAAUUGUGCCGGAGGAAAGCCGUGUGGUUGUUGGUGAAAGAAAAGUCGAAAUAGUGCUGAAACAGAAAAAUCUCACCGGCUGGCCUCGUUUAAGAUUUGAUCCGGAGCUUGACGAGCGGAAUGAAUGA